CUGCCAGACAAGCAAUGGCUAUUUCUCUUUCUUUUGGUCUACUAUAUGAAGUGGGAAAAGCAGCCUUCAUCCUUGUAUCCUUUAUUUCUGCUCUUUCGGCAACUAUCAAACUGACGGAUUGCGAGUACGGCUGUGUGAGGAAAGAUUGGAAAGAGGGCCAUGGCGAUCUUGAAGAAACAAUUAUACCUUCUCAAGAUCAAUAUACCAACGAGCAGAUAGCAAAGAUUGCAGCAGUACUAUUGAAAGAGAUGGGAUAGAAAACCACCUUGUUGAUGAGCCUAACAAGUCAUACGCAGAGGGUACAUUUCUCUUCCUUUCAGACUCGGGCCGUAAUCGGCUUUUUUUUAGAAGCUGCAGAAUGAACAAGCAGCAAAAUAUUUAAUGUUAUGCCGCUAGGGUGGUUCCGACUCACCCAAGGCGGAUUACUCACUGAAAGUGGCGCAGCUUUAUCCAGGGCCGUAUGCGGCUUAGAUGAGGGCUCAGUAUGUGCACUCGGCGCUUGCUUAAAUACCCCUUGCUGGCUCCU